AUGACAUCCGUUACCGAAGAGACGACGGCCCCGGUCCUGGCUGCUGCUGCUGCUGCUGCCGCGGGCCUCACCCAGAAGAGGGUGCCCAUCCCGCCGCGGGGCGUCGACUAUCGUGGCAAAAUCGUUCUGGCUCCCAUGGUCCGCUCUGGAGAGCUUCCCUCGCGCUUGCUGGCUCUUCAUUAUGGUGCCGAUCUCGUAUGGGGCCCCGAGACCAUUGACCGUGCCAUGAUCGGAACCACCCGCCGUGUCAACCCCCGCAACCACUGCAUCGAAUGGACUCGGGUCCCUACCAACAAUGUCAAAAAGGAACUGUUCGACGAGUCCGUCAUCUACCGCAUCGACCCCGUCCGCGAAGCCGGCCGACACAUUUUCCAAAUCGGCACCUCCGACCCAGCCAGAGCCGUCGAGUGCGCCAAGCUUGUCGCCGCUGAUGUCUCUGGAAUCGACGUCAACGCCGGCUGCCCCAAACCCUUCAGCACACACGCCGGUAUGGGGGCUGCGCUGCUUCGAACGCCCGAGAAGCUGGUUUCGAUUCUCGAAGCCCUCGUCGCCGAGAUCAAGCCGGCCUUCGACAUCGGCAUCAGCGUCAAAAUCCGCCUGCUCGAGACCACCGCCGAAACCGAAGCGCUCGUCCGCCGGCUUUGCGCCACGGGCAUCACCGGUCUGACGAUCCACUGUCGCACCACGCCCAUGCGCCCACGCGAGCGCGCCAUCCGCGGCCAGCUGCGUAUGAUUGCGGAUGUAUGCCACGAGUUUGGAGUAGCUUGCUUGGUGAACGGUGACGUCGAAGGGCGGGACCACGCGCUCGAGCUGAUGGCCGAGUACGGCACCGACGGCGCCAUGAUCGCGACCUGCGCCGAGAAGAACGGCUCUUGCUUCCGCGCCAAGGCGGACGGCGGACUGGCGACGUGGGAAGAGGCCGUGGCCAAGUACGUCCGGUUUGCGAUGGAGGUCGAGAACAAGUUUCACAACACCAAGUUCAUGUUGACGCAGAUGGUGCCCGGCAAGAGCCCCAAGUACAGGGAGCUGACGCCUUGCAAGAGUUAUGGCAAGAUUAUCGAGGUAUUGGGGUUGACGGGCGAUGAGGAGCUCGUGGAGAUGGCGAGGAGGACGGAUGAGCUCAUGAAGCUUGUUACUCUCGAUGGAAGCAGCAGCAGCAGCAGUGGUAAUGAUAAGUCCAAGGUGGAGGCGGCAGGUGAUGAUAAAAAGAAGCAUGACCUGACGAAUAAUGUGGCUCAGCAGGAGAACCUGAAGAGGAAGAGGGAGGAUGGUGACGAGGAAACCGAGAAGCAGCAGCCCCCUCCCUCGAUGAGAAUCAACGUUUCCGAGGCCGGUGAAGCCGCCACAACUGCCGCCGCUACCUCCGUCGCCGAGCAGCAGUCCUCGCAGCCCGUCGCCGCUGCCGUCGCCGCUUUAUAG